GCCAGGAAGCGGGGCCUGCGGAGCAGCAGCUAGAGGGAUUGAACACCCGGAGCUCACCCGCAGGUGACAGUAAAACAUGACAGAGACAGAUGGCUUCUACAGAAGCAGGGAAGUGUUUGACCCAGCAGAACAAUACAAGAUGGACCACAAGAGGAGGGGGAUCGCCCUCAUCUUCAAUCACGAGAGGUUCUUCUGGCAUUUGACCCUCCCGGACAGGCGGGGCACCAGUGCAGACAGGGACAACCUGACGCGAAGGUUUUCCGAGCUAGGAUUUGAAGUGAAAUGCUUUAACGAUCUCAAAGCACAAGAACUCCUGCUCAAAAUUCACGAGGUGUCCACCUCAAGUCAUGUAGAUGCCGAUUGCUUCCUGUGUGUCUUCCUGAGCCACGGUGAAGGCAACCACAUUUAUGCCUAUGAUGCCAAAAUUGAAAUUCAGACAUUGACUGGCUUGUUCAAAGGAGACAAGUGUCAGAGCCUGGUUGGAAAACCCAAGAUAUUUAUCAUUCAGGCCUGUCGGGGCAACCAGCACGACGUACCGGUGGUUCCUCUGGAUGUCGUGGACCAUCAGACAGGCAUGCAGGAAAACACAACCCAGGUGGACGCGGCCUCCGUGUAUACACUGCCCGCGGGGGCAGACUUCCUCAUGUGUUACUCCGUCGCAGAAGGGUAUUACUCUCACCGAGAGACGGUGAACGGCUCCUGGUACAUCCAGGAUCUGUGUGAGAUGCUGGAGAGGUACGGCAGUUCCUUGGAGUUCACGGAGCUGCUCACGCUGGUGAACAGAAAGGUCUCUCAGCGCCGCGUGGACUUCUGCAAAGACCCGGAUGCAAUUGGCAAGAAGCAGGUCCCCUGCUUUGCCUCGAUGCUGACCAAAAAGCUGCAUUUCUGUCCCAAGCCUAGUAAGUAGCUGUGGUCAUUGGUCUUGUCUACACGUAUUUUUCUCUUACACAACCAUCAGUUGGAUGAAGCCUUUGGCGCAUCAGUGUAAAAUGCUGUGGAAACUGGUGUUUCGUGUUUGUUCGUUUUUCAAUCGUGUUGGAGAUGAUGAAAGGGCUAAGAGAAAUCCUCAGGAAAUUACUCUGCAGAAAUGUCUACUAUCAUUUAUUACAUUUGUAGUAAACUGCAAAGUUACCCAAAAUA